UUUAACAACAGUAUGCGCGGUAUGCGCUAUGCCGCACAUGUGUACGGUUAAUGAUUAAAAAAGCAACAUAAGCAACCAAUUUAUUGAAUGAUAAUUUAAUUGUUGUGUUUAUAAUUUGUUGGAAAAUAAAUGUAGUGACUAUUUUUCAUUGAUAUGAACCGGAAAGAAAGGAGAAAAAUGUGUUUAUUUGCGGGACAAAUAUAAAUCUACAAUAGUGAGGUUAUGUUCGGAGGCAUUCUUGUUUUAAAUAUUUUCAUUGUUUACAUUUAAAAAGUGUGCAAUGCUUUUUAUUUUAUUUCGGCGACAACAAAUAAAAAUUAGCAGUCAUCAUAUUUACAAUAAACCAAAAUUCAAAUACAUUUACUUGCAAAGAAAAUUUUUGCAUGAUACUCUUGACGAUUUACCAGCAAUUGCAGUAAUGGAUAUGAAAAAAACUCUCAAGUCUUGUAAUAUUUCGUUUUACGAAGGACAUACGUGUUUGCUUUCUGAUUGUCCUCUAUGUGACAAUAAAUCGAAAUUGUACAUCAAUAAAACAACAGGUUUGUUUAUUUGUGAAAAUUGCCAGCAUACAGGAUCUUGGAGUAUCCUAGAAAAGUUUAUAAUUCAGAAAAAGACGAGUCGAGCUAUUAAGGCAUUGUUAGAAGUUCGAAAAUCUAUUCAUAAAGAAGAUGAUUGUUCUUGUCAGUGGAAUAAUGUAAAAAAUAGUUCCGAAAAUGUUGCUGAUAUUCCUGUCGAUGAGUACGAGAAAAUUCGAAAAACAUUUUCCUUUCCAAAUAUACCUCAAGAGACAAUGUCUCAUUUAAAUUGUAGCUACAAUGGAAAAUUACAAGUGUGGUAUUUUCCCUUAGUUGCAUUUAAUACACGAAUUGUUGGCUACAAAUCGUUGUCUAUGAAGAAUGAUCAUUGUAAAACUGAACCACCGACGGGUACAAGUGGAGUGAUAAUUCACACUCAACGAAGUACAAAAUCAGAGGAUAGUGCCGUUAUUGUACCGACAAUAAAUGAUUUUCUUGCACUUGUUGCUGAAAAAUCGGCACCAAUUAUCAUAUGCUUGCCAUACGAUUUACAAAAUUUACCGCAAGAAAUUCUUCCGAGUUUAGAAAAAUAUAAUAAAUUAGUUUUAUGGUUUGGUAAUAAUGCAACGAGUUGGGAUGUGUCGAGGAAUUUUGCCAAGAAACUCAAUGAGAAACGAUGCUUCAUUGUGAGACCAAUUAAUCAACAGACGAGUCCUAAAGAGGCUUUAAAGAAGAAAUUAAAUUUGAAGGAGAUUAUUCAGAACGCCCAACCAAUUUGGCAUAAAAGUAUCACGACUUUUAGUACAAUAAGACAAGAUGUUUUGAGUGAUUUGCAAAAUAUUGAUAAAGUUCAAGGUGUGAAGUGGAAACGAUAUCCAACUUUGAAUAGAAUUUUACAGGGUCACAGGAAAGGGGAAUUUACCAUAUUGACCGGACCGACAGGAUGCGGAAAAACGACAUUCAUCAGUGAAUACUCUUUGGAUUUGGCUCUACAAGGAGUUAAUACACUUUGGGGAAGUUUUGAAAUAAGAAAUGCGAGAUUAGCGAGGACAAUGCUUCAGCAAAUGGUUGGCGUGCCGCUCGAUGAGAAUUUGCAAAAUUUUAAUACAUUCGCGGACAAUUUUGAAAAACUUCCCAUUUAUUUCAUGACGUUUCACGGUCAACAGAAUAUCAAAGUUGUCAUGGAGGCAAUUGAGCACGCUACUUACGUUCAUGAUAUCGCUCACGUUAUCAUUGAUAAUGUACAAUUUAUGAUGGGCAUUUCUGACGAAUCAAAGCAUAUGGAUCGUUUCUGGCGACAGGACAAGAUAAUAAGUACAUUUCGGACUUUCGCAACAAAGCAUAAUUGUCACGUAACUUUAGUGAUUCAUCCGAGGAAGGAGCGAAAUGAUGAGGAAUUAUCGGUCUCGUCAAUAUUUGGUAGUGCAAAAGCUAGUCAAGAGGCGGACAAUGUAUUAAUUAUUCAAGAUAAACGACUCACUAGUCUUCGAGGGAAAAAGUACUUACAAGUUGCAAAAAAUCGUUACAGCGGUGAUUUAGGAAUAAUGCUGCUUGAAUUUGAUAAAUCAAGUUUAAGUUAUUCUUCCAAAAGAAAAUCGAAAACAACCAAUGACCAAAAAGACACGAACAAAGAGGAAAUCGAACUAACUUCCGAAUCAACGUGAUAUUUUUCUCCUUUUAAAAACAGUGAUAGAUUUUUUUGUACAGAAAUAUUCUUCAAUUUAUCGUAAGUUUUCUACUCCUACAAUCUGUAAAUAUUCUUCUUGUAAUUAUAUUUUUCGUGUUCCUAUUGACAGAGAAAGAGAUAAUUUUUGU